AUGGAGCACUCGCACUUUGGCCGCAGUCAUGAUCACGACCACAGCCAUGAUCACGGCCACAGCCAUGACCACGAGCAUACUAUCGACGGAGACGAGGUCGUUCGCCGCUUCAUACAAAGCCGUGGCCGCACACCGACACCUAGCGAAGAACAACAGUUACGGGAGCACGGCCACACGCACGAGCACAUGGAACACGCCGGUGUGUACUCUAAGCGCGAUGGAGCCAAGUCUGGUCGGGAUUGGACGCAGCGAGGUUUUACCGUGGGCAUUGGCGGACCCGUAGGGAGUGGCAAGACGGCACUGAUGCUGGCGCUGUGUCGAGCGCUCAAGGACAAGUUUAGUCUUGCCGCUGUGACGAACGAUAUCUUCACGCGAGAGGACGGCGAGUUUCUUGUGCACCAUAACGCGCUACCAGAGGAGCGUAUACGGGCUAUUGAAACAGGUGGCUGCCCCCAUGCAGCCAUCCGAGAGGACAUUUCGGCCAAUUUGCAGGCGUGCGAGGAUUUGACUGAUGAGUUUAAUGUUCAGCUGCUGCUGGUGGAGUCGGGUGGAGACAACCUGGCUGCCAACUUCAGUCGUGAGCUGGCCGACUAUAUCAUCUACGUCAUCGACGUGGCUGGUGGUGACAAAGUGCCUCGUAAGGGUGGUCCAGGCAUCACACAAGCAGAUCUGCUGGUCAUCAACAAGACCGAUCUGGCCCCACACGUCGGUGCCGAUCUGGAUGUUAUGGAUCAUGACGCGAGGCGAAUGCGUGGCGAGGGUCCAACGGUUUUCUCGCAGAUUAACCAGGGCAAGGGCGUCGAAGAUAUCAUCGAACAUGUGGUAAAGGCCUGGAAGUCUGCCAUGGAGCAGUGUUGA